CAUCGUUUGAAGCCUUUAAAUGGCCAAUAAAAUCGGUAUUCCAGACCGAUUCAUUCGACACUGCUUCUAUUUAAAUGUAAAACCCACAGAAUUCCAUUAUUCACGCAAUAGCUUCCCUGUCAUCAACCGGGUUAUUUACUGAUGACAAAACAUUUAGCCCGAAUGUGUUGAUUUCAAAGCUUUGAAAAUAAAUGGAAGGAGAUGGCGGUGUAUGGCCUCCGUUUAAUCGUAUUACUGCAGGUGGCGUACAAUUGUAUACAUGGAACUACUCUUCCCCUCCCGUCGGAAAACUCCACGGCUACUAUGGAAACCACAACAGAACUAUCGACAACACCAGAGGUUUCAGACACAAUAGGCAAUAUUGACUCGACAACUUCCAUAUCAACACGUCUUUCUUCUAUACCAACGACAGAACUAUUGACAACAUCAGAAGUAUCGAUCACAACAUCAGUUAGAGAAUUGUCAUCAACUCAAUCAGCAACUGUACAAUCAACACAGCCUACAACAGAAUCAACGACACAAUUAUCGAGUAUCACAUCAGAAACAAUGACAUCCUCAUCUGUAUCGUCAUCACCAUCCAGUAGUACUUCAUCACAACCACAAACAACAAUUAGUACAACAACACAAUCACCAACAACAACAUUAUCUAGUACAACAACACAAUCACCAAAAACAACAUUAUCUAGUACAACAACACAACCACCAACAACCACUUCAACAACACAAUCACCAACAACAACAUCCACUUCAACAACGAAACCGCCAACAACAACAUCCACUUCAACAACACAAUCACCAACAACAACAUCCACUUCAACAACACAAUCAUCAACAACACCCACUUCAACAACACAAUCAUCAACAACAACACCCACUUCAACAACACAAUCAUCAACAACAACAUCCACUUCAACAACACAACCGCCAACAACAACAUCCACUUCAACAACACAACCGCCAUCAACAACAUCAACAACAACACAAUCACCAACAACAACAUCAACAACACAAUCACCUACCACAACAUCUAGUACAACAACAAAAUCACCAACCACAACAUCUAGUACAACAAUACAAUCACAAACCACAACAUCUAGUCCAACAACAGAAUCCUCAUCAACAUUAUUGAUGACAAGUCCAGAAACACAAACAUCAAGUUCAUCCACGCCAACGCAAUCAACAACAUCGAUAACUCCCAGUACAACAACCUCACAAACAGCUCCAGUUCCAACAACUCAAAGGAAAAUAAACUUCCAAAUUGCCUUGAACAUAGAUGAAACAAGGAACCUCUCCAAUACAGAAGAGUACGCUAAAGUGGUCGAUGAUUCUAAACACGCCUUGACUAGCUUAUACACAAAACAAUUGGGGGAUAAAUUUACUAAAGUUGAUAUCAAAUAUGUCAGAAUUGGUUCGUUGGUUAUUGAUCACGAUGUAUUCGUUCAAAAUUCGCCCUCGGCAUUAGUUGACGUCGUCAACCUAAUGAAGAACAUAUCUGAAGGGAAAACUAACGUGACGUACAACGGAAAUGACGCAAGUGCUCUCUCCGUUUCUUAUACGGAUUCAUAUAAUAAUCAAGUGCCGAUCGACGACAAAACAGAUCCCACAGCUGUCAUUGAGUCCAGCUAUGUAUGUAACUCCGACCAGACCUGUGAACGAAUACCAACCACGACCAAAGACAACAAGGAAGACAUUCUGAUUAUCAUAAUAAGCUCUGUAGCUGGGGGUGUCGCCCUGUUGAUAAUCAUUGCCGUAGUUAGCAUUGUCUGCUCGCGCCGCAAAAAACCAAAGGAACCUGUGACAACUGAUCGCCAAUACCAGCAUUUUCUCUUCUCCCAACAAACUACGGAUAUAUUAAACAAGGCCAACAACAGGCAACAGAGUUUAGGAAACGAAUCAAACACGAGUCGACUUCAAGAAAACUACAGUGGCAGCCAUUAUGCUAAAUUAGGACGAGUUCCAAGUCGACCUCCAGAUAGCUACGGACUUUAUGAGAGGACAGGGAACCAGAAAUCUAGAGAACCAGAUGUAUUUGUUACCACUGCAAACACGAAUAAUUGGGGACUGCCAUACGUACCUCCUCUUAAUAACGAGAGGGGAAACAACAGAAGUAGAGGAACUGAUGGAGUUGACCAAAAUAGGACGAUUUACACGUCAACUGAAGCGGUGAGAGAUGACAAGCUUCAAAACAACCAAGCAAUUCCAUAUAGAAUAGAAAACAAUGACAGAAACCCCCCAAAACCCAUGACACAAUUUAUUUCACAAGGAAAUAGAAAAGGCGGUUAUGGAAGCACAUUGGAGGCCACUUAUUUGCCCAAUUUGGAAACUAGACGCAAUGAAACCCCGGUUAGACGGGAUAAUGUCCAAGUUCCCAACUAUCAUUCUAGAGAAAAUAUAAAUUCCAGACAACACCCAAGAAACGACAGAUAUAGCUCAAAAGACAGAGUGGCUGAGCCGAAUUACAGACAACCUGUUGGUUCAAGGAAUCCGUAUAAUCCUGGAUAUGAUAACAGCCGUAACCCUUACAGAUCCGAUUAUGACGUCAGAAACCCACACACCAAUUCUCAUCCUGAUUUGCAUAAAUCCGGGAAGCGAUGGUACCCUGGCUAUGACGAUUAUCUAGCUGAAUUGGGCCAAUCGCGAGCCGGUAAUCCAAAAUAUGAUGUAACACGUGGAAAACAUUAUAAUGGACAUUACUGACAGACUUUUGAAUCACGAUACACAUUUCAUAAUAAAGGAAGAUGUUUACUAAA